AUGUCUUCACUUCAAGAAUUGGAAGCUCGUCAUCAACAAGAAAUUAAACAACUCGAAGAGGAGAGAGAAGUGGAAUUACAAAAGCUCUCCGGAGCAGCUGCAAAGAAAAAGUACGAAAACAAAUGGAAGGAACGUAUGCAGCAAUUAAAACAAACUCAUGAAACUGAGUUGUGGGAGGCUAAAAUGUCCAGUACUGUUGGUGAUGAUGAUGAGGAUGAAGAGGAGAAACAUGAUGAAAAGACGAAUGGUGGAGCUUCCAGUAAACAAUCGGCUCAAGCAAAAAAAGAAGAGGAAGAGAAAAAGAAAGCCGAACAACGAAAACAGAAAAACGCCAAGAAAAAACAAAAGAAAGUUCAAAAGCAACAAGAACAACGAUUACAGGCUCAACAAGAGUUUUUGAGUGAUGGCGGAGUUUCUCAGAGGGAUAUUGAAAUUCAAAGGAUUCAACAAUAUUUUGAAAAUAAUUGGUGCAUUCAUGAGAUUGAUUCCGAUGGUCAUUGUUUGUAUCGAUCUCUUGCAGAUCAAUUGAACAUUAAUUUAAAAGAUACCACAAAUCCAUAUACAAAGGAUUUAUUAAUACGAGCAAAUAACGAGCUCUCAGAGAAGAAUAAGAGAGAAUUGAAAAAUUUAUCAUCAAGCACAGGUUUUACGUAUCUGCAUUUGAGAAGUUUAAUUGCAAAUCAAUUGAGAAGAAAGGCAGAUGAUUAUUUUCCAUUUGUUAUGGACGUUUGUGAAACCAUGGAUCAAUAUGCGGACACAGUAGAGCAUAGUAGUGAGUGGGGAGGUCAAGUAGAAAUUCAAGCCUUCCUUGAUUUAUGUCAGGAACAGUAUGUCCUGAAAAUUGUUCAAGACAAUGGUAUUGUGACAAUGGGAAGCAAUUCGAAAUCACAAACACCAGAACAAUCCAAUCUGAUCGUGACCUAUCACAAGAAGUAUUAUGCUCUCGGUGAGCACUACAAUAGCAUUCGGAUUGCUCCUCUUGUCCCUGCAGAAUAA